AUUGCGGGGAGAGCCGGGUUGGCCACGUCUGGGGCCGUAACCCACCACCCCCGACUCCCGCCAGCUCAGGGCUGUGCCGGAUGCAAGCCCGCUCGAGGGAACAGUAGCCGGGCGGCUGCCCUCUGGGAGGAUCUGGCAACUGCCUUUAAGGAAAGUGCUUCACCAUCAAGCGGCGCUCACUCCCACCCCUCUCCCCUCUUUCUAGGCACCGCGCGUCUUUUUCGGCGAAGUAACUUUUUAUACCCGCCUCCCCCUAGUCCUGGGGACCAGAGGCGGUGCCGAGCCUGGGGGCGGUUCCUUGGCAGCGUUGAUUCUUGUCAGAGCCAGACUUUUGCUCCUGGGUUGGGUUUGCAUCAUCCCCAUUACACCCUCGGGAAAGAGGAGCCAGCCCCCUUUCAAGCCUUAGCUUCCGGCUCCAAGCCGACCCCCUCCCCCUCCCUGUCCCCUUCCCCUUCUCCCAUCCCUCUCUCGGCCACAGCGUCUUGUUAGUCCUCUCCCUCUACUCCGCAAUAUUUUCUUUCUUUCUCCCUCCUCUCCUCCAUUUGUUGUUUGAUGUUUCCCACUCUUUGAGGAAGGAUGGUUGAUUUGGAGAGCGAAGUGCCCCCUCUGCCUCCCAGGUACAGGUUUCGAGAUUUGCUGCUAGGGGACCAAGGAUGGCAAAACGACGACAGGGUACAAGUUGAAUUCUAUAUGAAUGAAAAUACAUUUAAAGAAAGACUAAAAUUAUUUUUCAUAAAAAACCAGAGAUCAAGUCUAAGGAUACGCCUGUUCAAUUUUUCUCUCAAAUUACUAAGCUGCUUAUUAUACAUAAUCCGAGUACUACUAGAAAACCCUUCACAAGGAAAUGAAUGGUCUCAUAUCUUUUGGGUGAACAGAAGUCUACCUUUGUGGGGCUUACAGGUUUCAGUGGCAUUGAUAAGUCUGUUUGAAACAAUAUUACUUGGUUAUCUUAGUUAUAAGGGAAACAUCUGGGAACAGAUUUUACGAAUACCUUUCAUCUUGGAAAUAAUUAAUGCAGUUCCCUUCAUUAUCUCAAUAUUCUGGCCUUCCUUAAGGAAUCUAUUUGUCCCAGUCUUUCUGAACUGUUGGCUUGCCAAACAUGCCUUGGAAAAUAUGAUUAAUGAUCUACACAGAGCCAUUCAGCGUACACAGUCUGCAAUGUUUAAUCAAGUUUUGAUUUUAAUAUCUACAUUACUAUGCCUUAUCUUCACCUGCAUUUGUGGGAUCCAACAUCUGGAACGAAUAGGAAAGAAGCUGAAUCUCUUUGACUCCCUUUAUUUCUGCAUUGUGACGUUUUCUACUGUGGGCUUCGGGGAUGUCACUCCUGAAACAUGGUCCUCCAAGCUUUUUGUAGUUGCUAUGAUUUGUGUUGCUCUUGUGGUUCUACCCAUACAGUUUGAACAGCUGGCUUAUUUGUGGAUGGAGAGACAAAAGUCAGGAGGAAACUAUAGUCGACAUAGAGCUCAAACUGAAAAGCAUGUCGUCCUGUGUGUCAGCUCACUGAAGAUUGAUUUACUUAUGGAUUUUUUAAAUGAAUUCUAUGCUCAUCCUAGGCUCCAGGAUUAUUAUGUGGUGAUUUUGUGUCCUACUGAAAUGGAUGUACAGGUUCGAAGGGUACUGCAGAUUCCAAUGUGGUCCCAACGAGUUAUCUACCUUCAAGGUUCAGCCCUUAAAGAUCAAGACCUAUUGAGAGCAAAGAUGGAUGACGCUGAGGCCUGUUUUAUUCUCAGUAGCCGUUGUGAAGUGGAUAGGACAUCAUCUGAUCACCAAACAAUUUUGAGAGCAUGGGCUGUGAAAGAUUUUGCUCCAAAUUGUCCUUUGUAUGUCCAGAUAUUAAAGCCUGAAAAUAAAUUUCACAUCAAAUUUGCUGAUCAUGUUGUUUGUGAAGAAGAGUUUAAAUACGCCAUGUUAGCUUUAAACUGUAUAUGCCCAGCAACAUCUACACUUAUUACACUACUGGUUCAUACCUCUAGAGGGCAAGAAGGCCAGCAAUCGCCAGAACAAUGGCAGAAGAUGUACGGUAGAUGCUCCGGGAAUGAAGUCUACCACAUUGUUUUGGAAGAAAGUACAUUUUUUGCUGAAUAUGAAGGAAAGAGUUUUACAUAUGCUUCUUUCCAUGCACACAAAAAGUUUGGCGUCUGCUUGAUUGGUGUUAGGAGGGAGGAUAAUAAAAACAUUUUGCUGAAUCCAGGUCCUCGAUACAUUAUGAAUUCUACAGACAUAUGUUUUUAUAUUAAUAUCACCAAAGAAGAGAAUUCAGCAUUUAAAAACCAAGACCAGCAGAGAAAAAGCAAUGUGUCCAGGUCAUUUUAUCAUGGACCUUCCAGAUUACCUGUACAUAGCAUAAUUGCCAGCAUGGGUACUGUGGCUAUAGACUUGCAAGAUACAAGCUGUAGGUCAGCAAGUGGCCCUACCCUGUCUCUUCCUACAGAGGGAAGCAAAGAAAUAAGAAGACCUAGCAUUGCUCCUGUUUUAGAGGUUGCAGAUACAUCAUCGAUUCAAACAUGUGAUCUUCUAAGUGACCAAUCAGAAGAUGAAACUACACCAGAUGAAGAAAUGUCUUCAAACUUAGAGUAUGCUAAAGGUUACCCACCUUAUUCUCCAUAUAUAGGAAGUUCACCCACUUUUUGUCAUCUCCUUCAUGAAAAAGUACCAUUUUGCUGCUUAAGAUUAGACAAGAGCUGCCAGCAUAACUACUAUGAGGAUGCAAAAGCCUAUGGAUUCAAAAAUAAACUAAUUAUAGUUGCAGCUGAAACAGCUGGAAAUGGAUUAUAUAACUUUAUUGUUCCUCUCAGGGCAUAUUAUAGACCAAAGAAAGAACUUAAUCCCAUAGUACUGCUAUUGGAUAACCCCCUAGAUGACUUACUCAGGUGUGGAGUGACCUUUGCUGCUAAUAUGGUGGUUGUGGAUAAAGAGAGCACCAUGAGUGCCGAGGAAGACUACAUGGCAGAUGCCAAAACCAUUGUGAACGUGCAGACACUCUUCAGGUUGUUUUCCAGUCUCAGUAUUAUCACAGAGCUAACUCACCCCGCCAACAUGAGAUUCAUGCAAUUCAGAGCCAAAGACUGUUACUCUCUUGCUCUUUCAAAACUGGAAAAGAAAGAACGGGAGAGAGGCUCUAACUUGGCCUUUAUGUUUCGACUGCCUUUUGCUGCUGGGAGGGUGUUUAGCAUCAGUAUGUUGGACACUCUGCUAUAUCAGUCAUUUGUGAAGGAUUAUAUGAUUUCUAUCACGAGACUUCUGUUGGGACUGGACACUACACCAGGAUCUGGGUUUCUUUGUUCUAUGAAAAUCACUGCAGAUGACUUAUGGAUCAGAACUUAUGCCAGACUUUAUCAGAAGUUGUGUUCUUCUACUGGAGAUGUUCCCAUUGGAAUCUACAGGACUGAGUCUCAGAAACUUACUACAUCUGAGUCUCAAAUAUCUAUCAGUGUAGAAGAGUGGGAAGACACCAAAGACUCCAAAGAACAAGGGCACCACCGCAGCAACCACCGCAACUCAACAUCCAGUGACCAGUCGGACCAUCCCUUGCUGCGGAGAAAAAGCAUGCAGUGGGCCCGAAGACUGAGCAGAAAAGGCCCAAAACACUCUGGUAAAACAGCUGAAAAAAUAACCCAGCAGCGACUGAACCUCUACAGGAGGUCAGAAAGACAAGAGCUUGCUGAACUUGUGAAAAAUAGAAUGAAACACUUGGGUCUUUCUACAGUGGGAUAUGAUGAAAUGAAUGAUCAUCAAAGUACCCUCUCCUACAUCCUGAUUAACCCAUCUCCAGAUACCAGAAUAGAGCUGAAUGAUGUUGUAUACUUAAUUCGACCAGAUCCACUGGCCUACCUUCCAAACAGUGAGCCCAGUCGAAGAAACAGCAUCUGCAAUGUCACUGGUCAAGAUUCUCGGGAGGAAACUCAACUUUGAUAAAAAUAAAAUGAGAAACUUUUUCCUACAAGGACCUUGCUUGAAACCACGAAAGUUUUGCUGGCACGAAAGAAACUAGAUGGAAAUAUAUGUAAUUCUCUCAUAUUUAAAAACGUAAUCUCUUCUCUUAGAAGUAUAGAUCAUUUUGAAACUUAAUGUACUACUUACUGGUACUCUCCCUAUUAAUGUUUGAAGGACAUCAAUGGAAUAAAUUUGAAAAGCUAUAUUAAAAUACAAAAAUUUAAAUCUGACAUUUAAUCCUUUUAUAAUAAUCCAAACUCUAUGAAAGCAAUUUUAAAAAUUGUUAAGGUUUUAUGAAGUUGACAAAAUCUAACUAUAUUUGGUGCAUCACAAUGGACACAGAAUGCUGCUGCUCCUCUUAAAAAUUAAAUGUGUCAUAUUAUAUUCUUUAAACUUACUGUUUUACAAGAUUGAGCUCAUCGUAAAUGUCUAGUCUUCUCUACAUAGAGAUUAACCAACAAACUUGUGUGGCUGACUUUUGUGUAAGAAUCAUAGUUUGCUUUAGAAUACAAAUCUUUAAGUCAUUUUAACUUUUUUUCCUCUGCCUUACGAUAUAAAAAUACUUAUCUUAGAAUUUGAGAUGUUCAUAGCAUGUUUUAUUACACUGAAGAAACUAAAACAUAAAUGAAAAGAAACACUAGGUUCCUGCACUUUUUGGUAACUUUACGUCUAGCAAAUAUUUUAUGCCAAGAAAAGCAUACUAUAAAGCAAAUAUCUAUUAUUCUCCUAAAUGAAUGCCUAGCAUAGAGAAAAUACUUAAUACACAUUUGUUGACUUAAAUUUAAUUCAAGGAUUGAAAAAUUAACUAGAUAUCUUGAAAUAUACAGUAAUGAUUGUCCUUAGACUCUUGAGCUUUACCAUUUUUCAUAUUCAUAUAUCUUUAUAGUAAAUUUCAUUAGAAAAAUUCUUUUAAAAUUGACAGAAGAUAAUUUAUACCUUUUAUGGACUCUGAAGACACUUCAAAACAUUAAAAGUCCUUAUGUCUUUGGUAAUGAAACAAUAACACUCAAUGAAGGGUGUAUUAAAAUUUUUGGCUUAAUUUUGAAAUCGUAUAUAUGAACUGUACUUUAACAUUAUGAGAGAAAAGCAUAAACAAAAAUAGGUAAUUCUUGGCUUUUAACAUUAAUGCAAAUCAUGCAGAAUUUGAGUUAUAAAUUUAAAUAUAAAUUGACCAUUGAUGAUAUCCAGUUUUUCAUUUUUUACCUGUAUUGCAUUUUCCCCCUAGAGAAAUAGAUCAAAAGUGCACAAGAGUAUGCGUACAUAGUUUACCAGGUAGUAGAAGUGUGUUAAAAUGUUCCUAUAAAAGAAACAUUGAUAAACUUAAAUAUACACUGUUCUAAUUUUGUAUUUUUUAAUUUUUGAAUUUGACAUAGAGUUUAAUUCAGCAACAACAAAAAAUACAUAUAAAACUAGAAAGGGACAUUUUUUUCCUUUCUUUUCAUAAUGAAGCAGAUCAACUUAAAGGAUAAUAAAAUUUCCAAAGAAAAGAUAUUCUAAUGUACUCUCAAUAAUUCUACAGAAAUAAAACUGUAAAGUGCAAUGUGAAAUCAAAGAUUAUAGUCAUUGCAUAAUUUGGCUUUGAGACUAUGAAAUGUCUUUUUUUCUUUUUGGUAUUUUACAUUAUUCACAUUUUAGAAUAACAGGAACACCAAGAAUUACCCCUAAAACAGAGACCCUGUAUUUAAUCUACUUUGAUCAGAGAAGUAGAAUUUAUAACAAGUUACCUAAAAUUGGGAGCAUGCCUUAAAACUUAAAGAUUGUAUGCAUAUAUGUGUAUAUGUUAUAAACGUGAAAUAUAUUUGACACACACAUUCACAUAUAAAUUGUUAAAAACUGAAGGCAGAAUGGAAUAAUAUACGUAAUAGAGAAAAACGAUAAAUUUAAUGAACUUGUUUUAUAUUUGCAUAUCAAGAGUCAAGUAUGAUGUUUCUUUAAGUUGACUUUUUUUACUUCAUUAUUUUUAGGAAUAAAUGUAAGAUUUUACAAAUCUUUUAUUUCCCCACAAGAUCUGAAGUUUGGUAUUUUUGCAUUAUGACAGUUAUUGAGACUAGGAUUUUAAGCUAGGAUAUGAUUAUAUUUCCUAUAUAACUAAAAAUUUUGUUUCAUAAAUUUUAAAGUAAUUAUUUUUGACUAUGAACAUUAGUCCAAAUUUAAUAUUUGACACAGUUCAUACCAGCUUGCUACAAUAAUGAUAAUUUAUUAGUAUUUCUGUUAUUUAAAGAAUAAAAACAUGCUUAUAAAAGACUUUUAAUGAACUGUUGCCUUUUUAAAAUAAUUAUACUUGCACAUGAAAAUAAAAUAUAAAGUCAACAAUAGUCCUUGUAGCCCAAUGGGAAUUGAUUCUGUUUAUUGUCUGUACCAUUUUGCUACCAGUUACAUUGAACUGCUUUAAAAUAAAUAAUAAAAUUAUUUCUAAUGAUGAAAA